AUGGAGGAGGAGAGCGUGAUUUCGCAAGGCAGCAAGAGGACGUUUCCGGCCGAGGAGCCCACUGUCGCCGCCACGCCGCCUGUGCCACCGCUGGGCGACGCGUUCGACGACCCCGCCCGCUUUGAAAACUACGCCAUUCUUGCACUGCCGGCGUCGUCGUAUGGCUCGGUUCUUGGCGACGACGACGAGGACGGUGAGGCUUACAACAACAUGAGACGACGAGCGACAGCGAGCAGCGACAGCGACAGCGAGUUCGAAGAUCAUGACAAUCGGGUGAGGUUCUGGGACGGCGAUGCGUUCGGGAGUGAAACCGACCUGGUGGCGGGGCUUCUGACGUUCCUCGGCCGCCAGACGCGGUUCGCCUCGUUCCAGGGCGCGGCCGGCUUCAUGCGCCUCUCCGCCGCACAGGCAUCCCCCGGCGGCGAGGAGGACAGCGAAGGCGGGGCGAUCGUCGUGCACUACCGCAUCACCCGCUUCUCGAGGACCCCACGCGGCGUGCACGGAGUCGAGGUGCGCGACUUCGGAACGGCCCUGCACCACGUCCGGUACUUCGUCCCCUUCCCCGUCGCAGCCACCGACGCAGCGAGCUCGCUGCGCCUCGUCGGCGCCGCGCUGGCGGCUGACGUCUACCCGUACCGGUACUACGUGCAGCUCCAGGCGCUGUGGUCGAGCCUCGUCGCGGCGAUCCCGGUGCGCGUCCCGGCGCGGGCCACCCGCCUCGUGGUCACCGUCGACGUGGGCGUGCUCCGGAGCGAGGACCGCACGCCGGAGCGCAUGGAGCUCAUGCGCGUAGCGCUUGCGGCGCUGGCGCGCGAGAACGACGACGCGUUGCCCAUGGCCUGCGGUCUAGAGCAGCACCUGCCGGCGCCGGUGUGCUGCGACGGCGGGUCGGCCGGGGGCGACGAUCGGCCAGCGAAGCGGAUGAAGAGGUUCGCCGUCGCAGGAGAGGUGUGCGCCAUCUGCCACGAGACGCUGGAGCAUGGACUCGCGGCGUGGCCACGGUGCUCCCACGUCUUCCACGGCAAGUGUCUGGAGCAGCUCCUCGUCACGGUGCAGCAUCGCUGCCCUAUGUGUAGGAGUAUGUUGUCAAUCAAAGGCAGCAUGCUCGAUUGA